AUGGGGAAACGGACAGCGAAAAGUUCGAGAUCCCAAACCUUACCUUCAUCUCCUUCGCAUUCUUUCUCUUCUUCUUCUUCCUCCGAUUUCGAAUUCACCAUCUCCGUUUCACCUCGUCAAGCUUCCACUGCGCUUUGUCCUGCCGAUGAGCUUUUCUACAAAGGUCAGUUACUUCCUCUCCAUCUCUCUCCUCGUCUCUCCAUGGUUAGAACGCUUAUUCUCGCCUCCUCUAGUACCUCGUCUUCUUCCGACACUAAUAGCACCUCAGCAUCGCGCGAUUCCACCGGAAGUUCCACUGAAUCUCACUCAUCCUUCAGUAGCGACAUCGUGCUACUCGGCGAUUGCGAUUCCUCUAGACCUAGCUCCGUUACUGAAGACGAUGAGUUCAGAGCGCGAUUCGGUAUCAAUAAUACGAAAAAUCACAAGAAGAAUCACUCCAAUCCUAAUUUGCAAAGUCCGAUUAAGAAGAGUAAAUACUUCUCACUCUCGAGAUUUUCUUCUGUGUUCAGAAAAGAAUCGACGACGAAGAAUAAUAAUCCAGAAUCUGAAACGGUAUCUGGAUCGCAGGUUAAGAAAAUCAGUUCCUCAGCGAAGGAAGUUUUCAGGAAGUAUUUGAAUAAAGUGAAGCCGUUGUACGGAAAAAUUUCACAAAAACAGCAACAGCAAAAUGAAUGGAAAACGAAGAGUGAUAGAUCUGGUAAGGAGGAUAAACUAUCAGAUGUGGAGUUUUCAAGCAAUAACUCCGGGAAAGAAAGUGGAUCGAGAGCUCUAUCGCAUUCAUUUUCCGGUAAUUUAAAAUAUCCGAGAAGAAGAAACGUUGCGUCGAGUUGUCCUUCAUCGAUUAGGUCAUCGCCAAGCCAUUCCGGCAUUCUAUCGUCUCGAACCGGAUUAUCGAGCAUGUAUUCAGCUAACAGAGUCGGAACGACGAUGAACCACGGCAACAACACGUCGUCUAUGGAGGAAUUGCAGAGUGCGAUUCAAGGUGCAAUUGCUCACUGCAAAAGCUCCAUGGUGGAAAGCAAGAGGAGGACGACAACGACAACGACGACGAUGAGUAAUGAGAUUUGA